AUGGAAAUGCUGGCAGUGAUCAAAUCUUGUGAGGAGCAGUCCAAGCUCCCCUUUGUCUCUCAACAGGUCCAUUGGUUGAAAUCACAGGUCAAUACUCUUAUUCUUAACUGUGAUGAGGUUGUGGGUCGUGAGCAAGGUGGUCGAGGUCUGGGGGGAUGCUGUCGUGAGUUGGUGGUUGUCUGGGAAGGUUUAUUAAUGAUGGGAUACAUGGGUUUUACUCAGUUUACCAUUGGUCUUGAUUCUCAAGAAGCGGUUUCUAUUCUCAAGGAUGGGUUGGAUUGGUGGAGUAAUAUUGGUAAUGUGGUGGAGGAUGUUCGUUGGUUAAUGGUUGAUCGAGAGGUGGCUGGAGUGUUCUACCAACACCGGAAAGGUAAUGGGGUGGCACAUAGCCUAGCCCAGUAUGGAUUGAGAGCGAGAUCUUGA